AUGUACAAUUAAACGCAAAAUUAACUGGAUACAUCCACUGAUUCUUUUAUUGAAACUCAAAAUCAUAACUAGCAUUUUCCAUACUAAGAUUAUGAAAAUAAAAAAGUAGUUGAGUAGAGAAUAAUAUAACCAUAAGCUUUUGGUAAUCCUCCGAUGUUGAAUCAGCCAAUGUAUGCACAAUAGGCUCCCUACCCUGGAUAAUAAAAUGUUUUACCAGGAUAGUAGUAGCAAUUCAUGAACGGUCCUCCUCAUUUAUAUGGUCAAAUGAAUUAGCCUGUAAUAAUAGUUUAAUAAUAGCCAAGUUAUAUUCAACAUGAGCCAAUUCGUUAUGUUUUAUUUGGAAGAAGAAUAUAUAGAGCACACAACAUCUCAGUUACUCAAUCAAAAUAUGGGCUAUAUCCGACUACCAUCGAAUGUCCUCUUUGUAAAUAGACUAUGACAACUACUAUUAAGAAGGAAACUACGUCAAGUCAAUGUAUUUUUUGCAUAAUACUAGCUUGUUUCGUUCCUCCCUACUGUUGUAUACCAUAUUGUAUUCGUUCAUGCUAUUAACACAGACAUUUUUGUUCAAGUUGUAAGAAAUGUGUAGAUUGA